AAUAUACUAAUCAAGAUAAAGUCAGUUCUGGUUCUGAAAAUAAAGAUAUUGAAUUAAGUAACAGUGUUGGCUUAUCUUCUAAAACAUCUCACAAAAAACACACAUCAAAACAAGCGCAAAAAACAAAAUCGACAAA